UGAGUAAGGCCGGGCGUUCGGUUGCUGAGCAGCGCACGCAAAUUGGUGGCUGGGGUGGCCGGGCGCGUGCCUGGGACCGUGUGCGGAGCGGGGCCGACGAACUGAGCCGCUUUCGGAGGCGGUUGGCUCGGGUGGGCGUGUGCCGUCGCGAGGUUUCGUCGCGAGGAAUGUGAGAAGCCCAGGGUUUUCUUUUUUUUCCCCCCCCCCCCCCAUCCCUCGCGAGCUCUCGCCGGCUCCGGGCUUCCCCUCAGUCGUCUGCGGCCGCCGUUUUUGUCUCCCGCAGAGGCUUUUCCCCCCCGACCACCACCCGGCCUCCCCUUCUCAGCGCCCCGCGUGAUGUCGUGAUCUCCGGGCGGACGUGUGAAACCAGGGAGGAGGAGGAGGCGGCGGCGGCGCUCAGGUGGCGGCGGUGGCGGCUGCUGCUGCUGCCGCUGCUGCAGCCGCCGAUGGGGCUGCUCCGGAUUAUGUUGCCGCCUAAGUUGCAGCUCUUGGCGGUGAUGGCGUUCGGGGUGUCCGUCCUUUUCCUGGAGAACCAGAUUCAGAAACUGGAGGAAUCCCGCGGGAAGCUCGAGAGGGCUAUUGCAAAACACGAAGUUCGGGAAAUAGAGCAGCGCCAUACAGUAGAUGGCUCUCGAUCAGAUCUUAUCCCAGAUGAAGAUGAUGAUGUAGUGAUCAUUUACAAUCGAGUACCUAAAACUGCAAGUACAUCUUUCACAAACAUUGCAUAUGAUCUUUGUGCGAAGAAUAAGUAUCAUGUUCUUCAUAUCAACACAACCAAAAACAAUCCUGUUAUGUCUCUACAAGAUCAGGUACGUUUUGUGAAGAACAUAACUUCAUGGAAAGAGAUGAAACCAGGAUUUUAUCAUGGACAUGUAUCUUUCUUGGAUUUUGCAAAAUUUGGUGUUAAAAAGAAACCAAUAUACAUCAAUGUCAUAAGAGAUCCUAUAGAACGGCUGGUUUCUUAUUAUUACUUCCUGCGCUUUGGUGAUGAUUACAGGCCUGGACUCCGAAGGCGAAAGCAAGGGGAUAAAAAAACCUUUGACGAAUGUGUAGCAGCUGGAGGCUCAGAUUGUGCUCCCGAGAAACUCUGGCUUCAAAUACCAUUUUUCUGUGGGCAUAGCUCUGAAUGCUGGAAUGUGGGAAGCAGAUGGGCUUUGGAACAAGCCAAAUACAACUUGAUUAAUGAAUAUUUCCUAGUGGGAGUUACUGAAGAGCUUGAAGACUUCAUUAUGUUGCUGGAGGCAGCUUUGCCUCGCUUCUUCAGGGGUGCUACGGAAUUAUAUCGAACAGGUAAAAAGUCUCACCUUAGGAAAACGACAGAGAAGAAGCUCCCCACAAAAGAAACCAUUGCAAAGCUCCAGCAGUCUGAAAUCUGGAAAAUGGAGAACGAGUUCUAUGAAUUUGCUCUUGAGCAAUUUCAGUUUGUUAGAGCCCAUGCAGUUCGAGAAAAAGAUGGAGAGCUAUAUAUUCUGGCACAAAACUUUUUUUAUGAAAAGAUCUACCCCAAAUCAAACUAAAGACGAUGCAUAUUUUUAGGUUAAGAAAACAAACCUUGUGGUCACAUCCUUGUUCUCAGCACCAAUUUGUAGAUGAUCGAUAAAUCCACUGAAGUGCUUUGAUCUUGAGCUCGAUAGAGUGCACUGUAUGUCGCUGGAAGAAGAUAGCUGAAGACUAGACGAUCACCUCUAAGUUUAAACUUCAGUUUCUUUAAUAUUCUAAAAGAAGGUUAUUACCUAGACCUUGCACAAAGAUUUACAGAAAUUAAGCACAUACCAGUUGAAGUUUAAAUGAAAAACUUCCUUUUAUUGUCUUCUUGAUCCAUAAGAGAGCUUCUUUUACCUAACGCAGUGCAGAGAGGAGUUGGUUCAAGAUGAAAAUUUGGGUUGUAUACACUUAUGAAUAAUAUAAAUAACUGGCCAACAUUUGUGCUUUGUUUUUGUGAAUUCAUAUCACCUGACAUUUGUUGGAAUGUUCACCUUCUAAGAAAUGAUGCGGCUGGACGUGCCCGAAUUUAUAAAUAAUGGAUUUUCAUUUUAAGAAGUUAGAACUGGUCAUCAGUGUGUUUUUUAAAAAAAAUCAAAUCCUAUAGUAAUAUUGUAAAAAGGCUGAAAAUCACUCAGUGUUUCUUUAAUAACUUUUGAACCUCCGUCUUACAUUGGAAAAACUGUUAAGAAGUUAGGUUUUGCCUACACUUCAGUGUAAAACAGAUAAUGGAUUCUGUAUCAAUGUUCCAUGAAUUCUUUGUAUUUUUAACAACUACUGGCAAAUCCAUAUUCUGACUCAAACAGUGAGCCUGUGGUAUGGUUAGGGUUUUCCUAUUUAGAUACUUUUACCAGUAGAAUAUUUUUACUAAGGUGCUUUACAAUGUGUUUUAAAGCAUUGCAUUUGCAAAAGGAGGAAACAGCUGUAAAUAAUGCAUAUUUUAUGUAUUUGGACCAAAAGGUUAGAAGUAAAUUGUUUAAAGUGUCUUUGCACCAAUUUUGUUGGUUGAAAAGUAAAAACAAUCCAAUUUGAUGUUCCAAUCCCCACUUUGAAUUAACACUUGGACAUCACUGAAACAUGAUUCGGUGAUCUCAACAAAUUUAAAUAUAUAGUAUUUCUGCCCAGGAUCUUUUUUCCCCCCAGAAAACAACUUAAUCUUCAUCUUUUUAUCAAGAUUAAAAGGAAAAAGGAAAACUGAUGCAUGUAUCUUGGCCGAGAGAGAUAUAAAGAAAUUGAUAUCAUGUAUAAUCAUUGAACUGCCUUAUGUUACUUAGUAAAAUUGCAUUUGCCGCAGUUAGCACCUUACAACACAAAUGAGAUUGUUUAGCAAUUAACAUUCUGAAAUGCUAUAUUUUAAACAACAAGAACAUUUGCGGUUCUUAAAAUUCCCUGCUGGUGCACAGUUCUACUAGAUUUUUUUAAAAAAAAAAUAGCAUUAAGGUUUGAAGAGUUUUAAAACAAUCAGUUAAAAAACAGCCUUUGAAUUUCACAUUCAGUAGAGUGCUAAAAGUGUAGAUGUAUUGAGAGGAAAACAUUAUCAAAAGCGUGUAUCUAUUAUACAAACAAAACAGGUUCUAUCUAUCAUUGAAUGUUUUAAUGCCAAAAACAUGAUACUGUUAUAAUAAGGUCAUGAGACUGUUAAGUAAAACUUUUACCUUUAUGUAUAUUUUACUUUGACUACUUCUUAAGAGAGAUUUUAAAAUGGCACGGCUUUCCUACUCAGUGUGCUUUUGUUUAGUUGACAAAUGCUGAUUAGCUUAUUUCCCUAUAUUACCAUAAGUCUGACUAUUUUAUGGCCAUUUAAGUCCAGCUGAAUGAGUUAUGGCAAAAUGCAGUAAUUCUUACUAGACUAUUUAAAGUAUAUUAAAAUUUAGGAACUUUAAGCGUGGAUGUUGACAGCACAACAAAAAUGUUGAUUGUCCAGGCUAAUGGUUAUAUAGUUUGCCUGUUUUCCAUUCUUGUAUGCUGGGAGGAGAAUUUAAGGUUCUGCUUCGAAACAAGGGGUUGUGUAACAUAAUCUGAGCUUGUGUCACCAUGAAGAUUUAAUGUGACACUGCAAACUAUUUCCAAAAAUCAGUAUGGGUCCUCCUCCUUAAAAUAGUACAGAUUACAUGGGAUAUCCGUCCUUGCAGAUUCUCCACUAUGUGGAUGUAUUUUAAAGGAAAGAGUGUUUGUCUACUAAUUAGACAUGAGCUGCUUUGCCUUUAGGUGUAUCUUUAUUACUUCAGGUGCAUUUUAGAUACUCAGGCAAUGAUAUCUACAGUUACCUGGGAUUAAGGCCUAAUUGAAACAUUGGGAUUCAUUCAUUCAUGAAUGCAUAUAAUUAUGCUGGCAAUAUUGUAAAAUAUACAGCAAGUGGAUAAAAAGGCCCUUUUUUAUUUCCUAAAUGCUCAUUUUGAAAGCAAACUGUAGCAGCUGUAUAUCUUUUAGUUUAGUUAACUUAAAUCAUAAAUGAAUUAUAUUUGGAUUCAUGAGAUAUCAUUGGAUACUAUAGUACUCCAUUUAGGGAAAAUAAUGUUACUCAUGACUAUUUAGUGGCUAGAAACUAUAUGAAAAGUUGCUGCGAUAUUAAGAUAUUGGCAGAAAAUUUAAAAAUGUAUGAUUACAUUUAAACUGAAACACAAUAUUUUGAGACCCACAACACUGCUAUUGCAUCUUACAUUUAAAAACAUCUGUAUUUUAUUCCCUUUUAAAGAAAUAAUUGAAUAAAGCUCUUAAUGUUUACAAAGUAAAAUAUAGUCUUCUAAACAUUUGACAUAAACUUACAAAUUACAAAAAUUAAUUAAAGUGGGACAUAGUUUACAGAUUUCAACAGUAUUGAAAGUUUUAUUAAUGAAUUACCUUCUUAAAGAAGAUUGUUUGACUAUGAUUUUACCUCACAACUAAAAGCAUAAUUUAAAAGGCCAAUUUCUAUUCAUUUAGAAAGAAUCUUUCAAGCAGUACUGUUUGAAUCUUAGCAGUCAAAGAGAGGGUGGUCAGAGCUUUGAUCUUUAAAGAACUACGUUAUCUCUUGUUAGUUAAUAGUUAACAUUCUCUGAUUUUUGCUACAAUAAUUGACUUACUUGUUCCCUAAAUACUUUUCUUCUAAUCACUUGCUGUUUCUGAAUAUUCCAUUUAAAAUUAAUGGAACGCUUAGCUGAGCUUUUUGUGGGGGGACAGAUGAAAUGUAUAACAAGGACAAAUAAGAUACUUUUAUGUGGGAAAGAGAUAGGGCAGUAUCGUUCAGUAUGGCUGAGGUCUCAUUUUUAAUCUUAAACUUGAAUAUAGCUGUAAACACAGGCAUGCAGGAACAAAAGGCUGUGUCAAACUCAGACUUGAUUUGAAAUGUCUUACUGAAAUGGCUAGAGGAUUUUAAACUUAUUCAAGAAUUUUAAAAAUGUAACUAUGGAAGAUCUAUAUAGGAAUAUGCUUCAGCUCAAUUCUACAUGCCCUUAUCCAUGUGGAAGUAAGACUAUUUUAUGGACAAAGUUUGUCUUCAAAUCUUCCCUAUCAAGAUCAGGAAAUCAAGAGUAUUUGGCAUGGAUUUGGCAUCUUCAGAUUGAAUUGAUGACCCAUCACCCAAUAGGACAUACAGUAUAAUGUGAUACUUCUAAGGUGUUCCAGGGAAAGGCUGUUAAUGGUAGAAUUAGCAUUAAAAAUAAACAUCCUUUUCUCACUGUUUCCUGUUCUGGGAAACCACAGAAAGACUUGUAAAAAUGAAAAGUGUUUUGGUCUCCUGAUUUUUAAGUAUCUUUUGAAAUAAUUACAAAUAUAAAGUUUAGGUUUUCCUCCUUUGCUGCGCACAAAGUGGAUAUAAAAAUUCUAUAGACCCCUGCUUAAAAUGUCAAGUUUUUGAGAUAUAAAAAAAUCAGACUAAGAUAAAUCACUUCAGAAUUUUGUCACCUUUAACAUAUAACCUGUACAAUUCAAUUGAAAAACAAACUGAAAUCUUUUAGAGAGGGAAAAAUAAAAAAAAAUUAAUAUGGUUAAAUCUGCAUAUUCUUAAACUAAUACUUUGUUGAAGCACCUUUGGGUUUUAUGACAACAUUCACUCUUGGGAUUGGAGCCUAUCAGUACGGCCCAUUUUACCUUGGAAAUCUUUACUCACACUUCCUUGCACAAGCGCUUCAAACCUGUCCGAUUUGAACUUUAGUCAGAACAUAACACAUUUUCCUGCAUGGCUUUUUUGCCUGACUUGGUGUGCAGUAGUUUUUGUAAAAUGUAGCUGGGCUUGGAUGUUUCCCUUUGUAAAAUAAAAUUUUAAAAAAGCUUCCUUCUUGCCACCCUAAUCCCACAGGCCAGACAUACAAAAAAUACAGGAGAUUGUUGUCACAUGUAGUACAAUAAGAUCUUUUUGAUGCUUUGUAACUCUUUGCAGGUGCAGCUUUUGCUGUAAGAGUAAAUGUCAGACAAAUCCUACAACAACUGAACUUCAUAUGAGCUUGAUCAGAAUCAUUUUAAUUGAUGGCAAAUCUGUACUGGCUGCUAUUUAAUGUCAAUUUGAAUGAGAUUGGUUAAUUCUGAACACAGCAACAUCCCUAUUUAUAAGAGUGUGUGCAAGGUGAAGCAGCCUUAUUAUUGUACUUCUUUUUUUUCCUCCUGAAAGAUUUCAGUGUGUUUUUCACUUGAAUUGUACAGCUUAUAUGUUAUAUUAAAGGCAGACAAAAUUCUGAAAUGAUUUAUCUUGGUCUGAUUUCUUUAUAUCUCAAAAACAUGGCAUUUAAAUAGGUAUGUAGAGAUAUUCCUGUAGAGGAUAGUUUACAUUUCAGACAAAAGGUGAGUACUGGUUCUGAUUGCAGGUAGGAUUGACACAAUAAAAAUUGUCUGGUAGCCUUCAAAUAUAGGAGCAAAUCAUGGUUAAGAUCUUUUUUUCAUCUCUCCUAGUAACUUCUGGACAUAAUGCUAAACUGAUUCUGAAGAGAACAGCCAACACAAACUGGGCCUUUUGUUACCUCUAAAUUCAUAUUACAUGGUCUACUAUAAAUGAAUUGUCCAGCCACCUGUAGCAAUGGUUUGUAGUUGAUUACAUGCUAUGGAACUGGAUGAGGGAUCAUGACGAGCCUAGUUUCCUGUUACAUCUGAAUUGUAUUAGGGUUUGUAAACUCUGCAAUCUUUCAAUUAUUGGGUCUCCUGAAGAAAGAGGAGUCCCUCAUGGUGACACUCUAUAAAGAAGAUCAUUGAAUAAUCUUCUCUUAACUCUGAGUAGAAACAUUUUUCCUUCAUACUAAGUAUGUGGGCUCAAGAAGCACCUUACCUGUUGUUUUUCUUGAUCAAAACAACAAAUGUACUUUUUCUGAAACAUUAAUUUUUUAAAAUUUAAAAAUAAAAUGGGGAUGGUCUAGAGCAGGGGUCCCCAACCUUGGCAAGUUUAAGCCUGGUGGACUUCAACUCCCAGAAUUCCCCAGGCAGCUUUGCUGGCUGGGGUAUUCUGGGAGUUGAGGUCCUCCAGGCUUAAAGUUGCCAAAGUUGGAGACCCCUGGUGUAGAGAAACUACCAAAACAAAAUUGAUUAUCAAAAACUGUCAAAUAGUAGCUAAACAGAAUUUCUAUUUCCGACUCUAUACUACACUAUUAGAAUUGACUUUCCCAUCUAUCUUUCAGCAAGCAUAAAUUGUUUCAUCAGGAGUGUUUUUUUAGAUUGUAAAUGUCAAAUUAAGUUUGUAUUAAAUAUUGAGUAAUGUAUAUUCUUUAAAGGUGGAGCCCAUAGUAAAGAUAAUUAUUAAUCUGGAAGAUAAAAUUCCUUAAAAUGUUUUAAUGCAUGCAAUUAAAGAAUUUGAUUAGUAGGACCUCUUGAAUGAAGUUAAAAGAAUUGCUUUAUAAAUCUUUAGGCGGUGGAUAGUGAUAUUCUGAUUAUAUAUUUUGUAAAUCCAAAUAUUAUGAAAUAUGUAUAUUGUAAUGUUUAUAAUAGUAUUCCCCAAAUCCAGUGAUUUAUUAUACAAAAGCACCAUGCCUGCUAGAGAUGGAGUCACAUGAGCGGGGUGGGUGGGUGUAGUUGUUAUGCACAUGAAUUGCUGCCCUGAAACAAAUGAAAAACUUGCCUGCAAAGGGGGAAUACGUCCGAUUCUGGAAUGAAAAGACAGUUGUGGAAAGUAUAUUAUUGCAUAGACCUUGUGUUUAACCUGUGCUUCACGGGUUAAAAUUGUCUCUUGCUAAGCUGUUUCUGUACAUGUCCAAAUUUGAACACACUCCUGUCUUUCAGUAGAUGACAAUGUAGAAUCAGCUUUUUGAAAUCUUGUGCAUUGGAGAACAAAACCGCUUUAAUAAUACAUUUCAACUGUUAUACUUUUUCUCCAAAUACAGGUAGUCCUCGACUUACAACAGUUCGAUUAGUGACCAUUCAAAAUUUACAACUGCACUGAAAAAAGUGACUUAUGACCAGUUUUUCACACUUACACACUUUUCUCCAUGGUCAUAUGAUCAAAAUUCAGAUGCUUGGCAAUUAACUCAUAUUUAUGACGGUUGCAGCGUCCUGGGGUCACGUGAUCCCCUUUUGGGACGUUUUGACAAGCAAAGCCAGGUUCACUUAACAACAAUUUGACUAAUGUAACAACUGCAGUGAUUCACUUAACUCUGGCAAGAAAGCUCGUAAAAUGGGCCAAACUCACUUAACAAAUGUUUUACUUAGCAACAAAUUUUGGUCUCAGUUGUGGUCGUAAGUCGGGGACUGCUGGUACUUAACAUGCAGAACUUGAUGCACAUAGUAAAGUCAGCUUUUGCAAUGUCAGAAUUUUAGCAAAUCAUGCUUCAAAAUGUACAGUGGGCUUAUACAUAGUUUGUUCAAAUGCUGUAUAUUCAGAGUUCUCAAAUUAUUAGAAGUUAACAGUAACAUUGUUUUUGAAAUCUAUUACGUAAGGGAAAGGUGGUCACUUUAAGAAUUGAUUGCUUUUUAGAUAUUUUGCAUAGCUAAACAAAAGCAGCUAAUACUUACUUCCCUAUUAUGAACAUUAUUCCCUGUCCAUGUUCUGUGUAAAAUAAAGCCUCUAUGAUUUCAGUAAGAUUUGCUUUUACACUAACUUUUCCAGCAUUGAAGCUGAAAGAGGUCUUGGAAACAUUUUCUAUAUUCAGUGCCUAAUCUCUGCUACUAUGGAAAACCUGCUGAAAAACCUCUGCCAUGUGCACUGCCAAUUAGCUCUUAAACCUGGAGCAUCCUGUGAUCACUCAAGUUCAAACUAGAACAAGUGUCAUCAAUGAUUA